AUGGUACAUCCUACAAUGAUAGCCACCUCACCGACUUGCAAUCCAGAAGAAGCAGAAAAUUCUGAUAAUGGUGAAUCGGAAAGCGUCGACAGUCACGACGCUGUGAUAGAGGAAAGCGAAACUGAUAAAGAAAAAGAAAAAGCGACCUCGUUGUCAUUACAACAGACAUUGAAGGAAGCGCUUCGUGUAGCGGCUGCUCAACGACAGUUGCAAAGAAGCAAAGCAAAAAGUAGCAACAGUAGCGAUAUUAGAAGCGUCGUCAAUAAUAGUAAUAAUAAUAAUAAUAACAACAACAAUUGUAGUAGUGCUCAUAAUGGCACUAUCGGUAACACUGCUACCAGCACCAAUGUUCAACCUACCGCAACAUUCCCGCUUCUUGCACCGUUUCUGUUACCAGGCUUAAACUCGGCUACAACGGCGGGGACCAGCAACGCCAUCAUGUAUCAGAUACCUCAAGGCGUGGUUUAUACAAAUGACGAAGGAGCUGAUGGUAAUUCCUUAUUCGCAAAUGCCAAUGUCAGCAGCAGUAACAAUUCCUCCGAGAAUCAACAAACUAGUCCACAAUUUAUGUUUCCUAUUAAUUCGCUCACUUUACAACAGAGUCUCUUGCAAAUCAUGUCGACAGCCGCGUUAAGUGCAGCUCAAUUGGAAAACAGCGAUCGUUCCAGCUGACCCAUCUAAACAGGCAGUUUACCAAAAAACCGAAAAUUGAGAGAAGAAAAACUAAUUUUGUUGGAACUCUUGAAACAAUGCAUGUCAUUCGAUAGGAU